AUGCCCGCAAAGCUGCUGCCGCCGCGUGUCUACGAGCGGUCUCCCUGGCGGCUGCCGGUCUUCGAUGACAUCGCUCGCACGGCACGCAUAGAGCGCGUCGACAUCUUUGGCGACGGGACCGCGUUCAUUCUCCGCAACGUCCUCAGCCCCGCAGAGUGCGAGCGCUACAUUGCCGCCGCAACAGAGAUAGGCAUGGCCUCGGUGCAGGCGGACGGCUACGAGCGGCGAGUGCGCGUGUGCAGCCGUGUCGCGGCCUCCUCCGAGCCUCUCGCUGCCCUCCUCUACGCUCGGAUCGCGCCCUUUCUCGCGCGCGACGUCGACCUCUUGUCGGCCGACCACAGCACGCGCCCAAAAGGUAUCCCGGCGGACCGGACACGCGCCGUGUGGAGGCCACACGGCCUGAAUGAGAUGUUCCGCAUCUGCAGCUACAGUCCCGGGGGCCAUUUCGCUCCACACCUCGACGGCGGCCAUGUCCGCUCGCCCUCGGACGCGUCGCUGCAGACGUUCAUGCUCUACCUGAACGACAGCUUUACCGGAGGCAGCACUCGCUUCUUUGACGACUCGCAGGCCGCCUACCGCUCGCCCGAUGCGCGCAAGGUGAUUUUCACGUACGUUCCACGCCGCGGCGACGCGCUUAUCUUCAACAGCGAACUCCUGCACGACGGCGAGGCUCUGCUCACCGGACACAAGUUCAUCAUGCGCUCCGAGGUCAUGUACACGUGGCAACGCACGGCGGCAGAGGCCGCCCUUGGCCACCUCUUUGACGCGCUGGGUGGAAGCGGCGCCGCUUCCGGUGUGGAGCAGACGGUGGCUGCAGUGAACGAGGGCCGCGUGGCGACGCUGCUGGUGAGCGACGGGGUGGCCCGGCGGGGAGCCGUGGCGUGGCUGUGCGAGCAGUGUUACCGCGGUCGUGCGGAGCUCGUGGCAGUUCCGGUCACGGCGCUCGCCGGGGCGGGAAAGCAGUUCCUAUUUGGCCUCGAAGGGGUGGGUGCUCUUCUGAGUCCUGACGCAUCCUCUUGCGUGGCGUCGUCGCGUGAUGGCGGCGGCAUUGCGGGUACAGGAGCAGCCACAGUACACUAG